GACCCUCACAGACCCUCACAGACCCCCACAGAGUUUACCUGCUGCAUCACAUUGAGGAGAGCUUUACUUUGAGGAGAGCGAUUCACUUCAGGAGCAUUUUUUCAAGGAGAACGAAGAAAACACGAACAAACAGAACAAUGAACAACACCAGAGAAUCACAGAAGAUGGAACAAAGCACCAUGCUGGUCGUUAAAGACACACUCUGCCCGAUCAUCCGCAUGUUCCUGAACCAGCUGACGGCGGUGAAGUGGCACAAACUGGAGACGGGGGCCGUAGACACAGAAACCACCGCUAUGCUAACAGAGAUGUGUGUGGAGGUGAUAGAGAUUCUGGCUAAAUGUCUCUCUGAGAUGUUUGAGUCUAAAUUAACAAAAGAGACUUUAUCCUCAAGAUCAUCAAGAUCAUCCAGCUCCUGUUCUGGAUCUGAGACGUCACAGAAGAGCCUUGUUGUAUCCGAGGAGGACGUGCACCAGUGUCUGGGUAACAUGGGCAAACUUAUUACGCAGACUGUGGCGAAGGCGAAGGGUGUCAAAUACAUCAAGUACACCGGCUCCAAGAAGAUGACGGAGCUCAUGGUGACGGCGGUUACAGAGACAGUGAACUCCAAACUGUCUGAGAACACAAGCGGAGAAGACGUCGAGGAACCCAAGACUUCCCCGGGUCUCCUCAAGAAGUUAGCGAAUCAUUUCAAGAAGAUCUUCAAGAAAUGUGCGAAGAAGAAGACAAAGAAAGAGAAGUCAACAUCAGAGCAGAUUGAGGAGGCUGCAGCAACGUCUCGGGCUGAGCAGCAGGAGCAGGAGGAGGAGGACGUGGAAAUCCCUCAGACCCCCGUCACUUCUCUGCAAGAAGAAGAGAAAAACAGCAGAUUUAUGUUGCCUGUCAAAGAAGUCCAGGACAUCUUACAGAAAAUCAGCAGCAAGGUUUCUGAAUCUGACAUUAAGAGUUACAUCUCAGAGAAAGAUGAAGAUCUGCUUCUUUCAAGAUCCUCCAAGGACACAGAGUCGUUAUCGUUUGAGAUCGUUGAGAUGAUAAUGAAUGACUGCCAACAGGAUCGUCCUGGCACACCUGAGAGAGAGUUAGUGAUAACUGCAAGGAAGAGAGCGACCGGGAGGAAGCUCUCCAACAGAAUUAAGGCCUUCUUUGUCCACAAAUUUGCUCGAGAGUCCAUCCUGAAGAUCAAGGCUAAACUGAGGAGCAAGUCUACCAGCCCUGCGUCAAAAGAGGAGGAAAUGUCAUCAACGGAGGAGCUGAUUGAAGUUGUAGAUGAGGUCGUAGCAGACAUGAUCCCAGAGGCCGAUCCGGAUCAAGAAAGUGCUCCAGAAGAGGUUUGCCUCUACGAAAGACUCGCCAGCAACAUCUCCAGCGGCAAGCAGGAAAGAGCCGCAGACAAGCUGAGCGAUGUGCUCAUCGAUCACCUGAUUCCUGACGGAGCCGUAAGACACAAGUCUGUGGUGGAGAUCCGGUCUGAAGUGGACGGUUGGAUGAGUAGGAUGUGGUCCUGGCUGAAUCAGCAAAUACAGAAAUGCAAGAAGAAGAAGACGGAGGAGGAGGACAUAGUGAGCAUUGCUCUGAGCCAGAUUAACCAGGCUGUACUCUCUCAGCUGGAAGAUGCGACUCCCCAAGAAGAAGAGAUGGAGGCUUCGACCUGCCUCAUACCUGAGCAUGAAGAAGACCAGAGCUUCACGCUGGAGCAUGAAGAAAGCCCAUGCCCGUCACCUGAGGAGCUUGAAGAAGACAGCCGAUCCCCAUCACCUGAGGAGCUUGAAGACAGCUGGUAUAUCAAAUGUGACUGUCAAGCAGCAUUAGCUUCAAAGGUCAGCCCGGCUGCUGAAACUGGGAGUCGCAGAUCCCCCACAAUCUACCAGUGGGACAGACUGACCUGCGAGAUCAUCGUGUUGGAGCUGCUCCGCAGGAUAUUCAAGAACCUCCCCAUCGAUCCGUCCCACAGCGCCUACAAAGCCCUCGUCGCCCCGUUGACAGACAUGCUCUGGGAGGAUCUAAGAGGCCGACACAUUGACGUGGAUCUAAGCAUAAAGAACAUGAAGAAGAUCUGCAAGGCGGUGCACAAAGACCUUUGCAGCAACGUAGGUGAGGCGCAUAUUUGGAGGAGCGUGCUCCUGCAGAGUCCAUCAGUCAAUGGGUUUGUCGUCGAGACUCUGAAGAAGCAGCUUUUACCCAAGAAGUCCAAAGGUAUCAAAGGGUUCUUUAGCCGUAUGUUCAAGCCUUUCACUUCCCUCUUCACACGCAGCUAAGUCCCCAUCGCCCCCUACAGAGUCACCCAGGAGUACAUGUGAGCCCGCAUGUCCUCCUGGGUGGUUGGGUUUACUCCGAGUACUUCGGUUUCCUCCCAAAGCAACAUCAAAUUUAAAAAAAAUUAAAUAAAAUAACAAAAAAAAUUA